UUCAAGAAAGGCACGCAAAAAAUUCCUUACGAGAGAAGUCACGUAUGGCGUCACGGAGAUCGAUCGCCUACAAGAACCUUCCCGACGGAUCCAUUCCAGGAAAAGGACUGGACAUUUGGUGGAGGAGGUUUCGGACAACUUUCGCCUAUUGGAAUGAAACAACACCUAAACUUCGGCAAGCUCCUCAGGAGGAUCUAUGUUGAUGAGAUGAGAUUUUUGAGCAAGAAGUAUUCUUCCAAGGAGAUCUACAUUCGGUCGACAGAUAGAAAUCGAACGUUACUAUCAGCUAUGUCGAACCUUCUUGGUAUGUAUGGUCAGAAUGACGGAAAUGCCGUCCGUGAUCACGACUAUCCGUCCGAAGAAGGAUGGCCUAUUGGAUUCGUUCCAGUGCCUAUUCACACCGUUGAAAAUCACAUCGACUAUGUUUUGAAUCCUUAUGCUGACUGUGAACGUCGAGACCAAUUAUGGAAAAUGGCCAAGACUUCUCCGGAAGUGCAGGCGUUCAUAAAUCGACCUGAUGUAGUUGCAUUACUUGAAAAAUUAACUGAAGACACUGGAACUAAAGUGACCAUCGACAAUCUAUGGAUAAUACGGGACUCAUUACUAACUGAACAAGCUCAUAAAAAUGAAACUCUUAGAAAGGUAAACAAAUGGUUCAGCGACGCUCUCUUCAAAGAAAUGACUAGGGUCAACGACAAGGUGCGAGUCUAUGAAAAUGGAAUCUAUAACGGAACAUUAAUGAUGAACAAUCUCGAUAUCGGAAACGAGAUACAAAAAAUCCGUGGAGGGUCUCUGCACGAUACUACAGUCUAUGCUUUUUUCUCCAUAUUUGGCAUCCAGAGUAAAGUGAUCAGCACGUGCGGAUAUCCAGAUUACUCAGCUGGAGCGUUUGUUGAGUUGUGGUUGAACCGCACCGACAAUGAACCUUAUUUCAAGAUGAGAUAUCAUCAAAACGAUGGAAAUGUGACACUUUAUCCGGUCACUCACUUGAUUGACGCCUGUGAUGGACGAAAGUAUUGCGGUUUGGAUGUUUUCAAAGCGUUUGCAGAUCGAUCAAGAUCAGAUGUACCGAUGACUCGUUGUAGGUGUUUGUUCUGCCAUGUGAAUAUGCUAAGAAUUUUACAUAUUGACAAUAUUGAGCUUUAG